GCGCAGAAGCAGAAGGGCGCUCAAAUUGAAACCUUGCACAUCUCCUGCUCUCAUCCUCCAUGGCUUUGGUCCUCGAAUCCUUGCUCUCGUCUCCGAGAUUACCCAGUCCGUAGCACUCUGCUUCGCGCGCUCCCUCUCUUUGUGUGUGGUGUGUGUGCCCCCAAGAUGGAAGGAACUCUCUUUCCAAACCGGCCGGUGUACCCAGUCCCGACCAGCAGGCCGGCAGUCCCGAAUUCACCAUUGAAGUUCAACUCCGCGACGCUUCCGCUCCCGCCUCAAUCCCCGUCCCCGCCGCCCUCGUUCCCGUUCGACACUCUCAUCCAGCACCUCCUCCACCUCUCCUCGCAGCCCCCCAUCGCGCCCAAACCCGUCACCCCUCCCCGGCCGAACUCUGCCCUCGCGUCUUCCCUUCACGUCGCCCUCGAUGCUGCUGCGCAAGAACAGCUGCUCCGAGACGCUCCUCCGAGGAGACCCACCUCGGUUUUGCCCCUGCAUUUGGUUGGCUCCGGAGAAAAGGACCAAUCGGAUGAUGUGUCGUGUGAAUUCUUGUCCGGGAAGUGUAAGUUGGUGUUCGGUUUGAUUGUGGAUCAGCCCAUGCAUAGUUUGAACGGUUUGUUUGAUUCUUCCAAGUCGGACUUGCUCGGUGUUGAUCUGAUAAGUUUGUUGAGAGCGCUAGAUUUGUCGGGCAAUUGGGCGAGAGCGGUUUCUCUGUUUGAAUGGGUUGUUCGCAACUUGAGUGAUGAAAAUGUGCAGCUUGAUAAUCAGAUUGUUGAACUUAUGGCGAGGAUUCUGGGGAGAGAGUCCCAGCAUUCUGUCGCAUCCAAGCUGUUUGAUUUAAUUCCCAUCGAGGAGUACUCGCUUGAUGUUAGAGCCUACACGACUAUCCUUCACGCGUAUUCUAGGACCGGCAAGUAUGAACGAGCCAUUGCGUUGUUUGAGAAUAUGAAGGGCUUGGGACUUUCUCCUACUUUGGUGACUUACAAUGUGAUGCUUGAUGUGUAUGGGAGGAUGGGCCGCUCGUGGUCGAAAAUUAUGGACCUCUUGGAUGAGAUGAGAGGCAAGGGACUUGAAUUUGAUGAGUUCACAUGCAGCACUGUGAUAUCAGCUUGUGGCAGAGAGGGUUUGUUGGAGCAAGCCAAAAGCUUCUUCACUGGACUGAAGUUACAGGGCUAUGUACCAGGAACGGUUACUUAUAAUGCGUUGCUGCAAGUCUUUGGAAAAGCUGGAAUUUACUCUGAGGCCUUGAGCAUUUUGAAAGAAAUGGAGGAGAGCGGUUGCCCGCCGGAUUCUGUCACUUACAAUGAGCUCGUGGCAGCAUACGUGAGGGCAGGUUUCUGCGAGGAAGGGGCUGCUGUUAUAGACGGUAUGAUUGGUAAAGGUGUAAUGCCAAAUGCUAUUACCUAUACUACGGUCAUAAAUGCCUAUGGGAAAGCGGGAAAGGAGGAUAAGGCUUUGAAUUUGUUUAACAAGAUGAAGGAAAUGGGUUGUGUUCCUAAUGUGUGUACAUAUAAUGCCAUCCUUGCGAUGUUGGGCAAAAAGUCUCGAUCGGAGGAGAUGAUAAAGAUACUAUGCGACAUGAAGACAAAUGGGUGUUCUCCUAACCGUAUAACAUGGAAUACUAUGCUUGCCAUGUGUGGCAACAAGGGUAUGCAUAAGUAUGUGAACCGCAUCUUCCGUGAAAUGAAAAGUUGUGGAUUUGAACCUGAUAGAGACACAUUUAACACUUUAAUCAGUGCAUAUGGCCGGUGUGGAUCAGAAAUUGAUGCAACAAAGAUGUAUGAGGAGAUGAUUAAAGCAGGGUUUACCCCGUAUGUUACCACUUACAACUCUCUACUGAAUGCUCUAGCUCAAAGAGGGGAUUGGCGUGCAGCAGAGUUGGUCAUUUUAGACAUGAAGAAAAAGGGCUUCAGGCCGAAUGAAACCUCUUACUCGUUGAUACUCCACUGUUAUGCGAAAAGUGGAAAAGUGAAGGGCAUAGAGGAAAUAGAAAAAGAAAUAUAUGCAGGCCGUAUUUUUCCCAGCUGGGUGCUCUUGAGAACCCUUGUCCUCGCAAAUUUCAAAUGUAGAGCACUAGCUGGCAUGGAGAGAGCUUUUGAGAAGUUGCAAAAUGGUGGAUACAAGCCUGACUUGGUUGUGUUCAACUCAAUGCUUUCAAUGUAUGCCAAAAACAACAUGCAUGAACGUGCGAAUGAGAUGCUGCACUUGAUACGGGAAAGUGGGUUGGAACCAGAUCUUGUGACCUACAAUAGCUUGAUGGAUAUGUAUGCUCGAGGUGGAGAAUGCUGGAGAGCAGAAGAAAUCCUGAAACGACUACAAAAAUCUGGUGGGAGACCUGACCUCGUUUCUUAUAACACUGUCAUCAAGGGAUUUUGCCGAACAGGGUUAAUGCAGGACGCCAUCAGGAUUCUCUCUGAAAUGACCACAAGAGGUAUUAGGCCAUGUAUUUUUACGUACAACACCUUCGUAGCGGGCUAUAUGGGGAGGAGAAUGUUUGCGGAAGUUGAUGAUGUCAUCAGCUAUAUGAUUCAGCAUAAUUGCCGGCCUAAUGAGCUGACCUUCAAAAUUGUUGUGGAUGGCUUUUGCAAAAUGGGGAAACAUAAAGAAGCCAUGGAGUACUUAUCAAAGAUAAAGGAGCUAGACCGUUCAUUUGAUACUGAAUUUGCGAGACGACUUGCCUCUCGGAUUAGGGCGAGCUAGGAAACAUAAAUGUUCUGUGCGCUUCUAUUGAUACCUUCUGUUAAUAGACUCAUGAUCUUGGGAACAUUCGGAGAUUGUAACCCUAGUUUGUAUCUGAUCUAGCUCAGGUAUCUGGUGUAAUCGUCCUUCUUCGGUAGCUAGAGGCCCCUGCUUGUAAAUGCCGUAUCAGGUUCACAACCAAGGGCGAUCUCAAGAGUUCCAAUAAAUUCUGCAGCUUUGUAUUCA